CCGGAUGGGCAGCCCCUGGGACAGUUCAGAAGACAGUCCACCUGUCCACCUACCCUCCAUCUGUCCAUGGGCCAUCUGCCCAGUCUAUCCAUCUGGACCAUCUCCAGUCAUCCCUCCUUGGCUUACUCGCUCUACCCAGCGCCCCGCUCCAUCGCUUUGCCAGCAAUGACGUCCACAGAGCCCCUGCACGUGCAGACCCCGGUCCGGGACAGCCCGUCCCUGUCCAAAGUGGCCGGCACCAGGGUCUACCUCAAGAUGGACAGCGCCCAGCCGUCCGGCUCCUUCAAGAUCCGGGGCAUCGGGCACCUCUGCAGGACGUGGGCUGAGCGAGGCUGUAAACAUUUCAUCUGCUGCUCGGCGGGCAACGCAGGCAUGGCAGCUGCCUACGCCGCCAGGAAGCUGGGCGUUCCCGCCACCAUCAUUGUGCCCAGCACCACCCCUGCCGUCACCAUCGAGCGGCUCAAGAAUGAGGGUGCCAUGGUCAAGGUGGCGGGUGAGAUGCUGGAUGACACCUUCGAGCUGGCCAAGGCCCUGGCGAGGAACAACCCCAGCUGGGUCUACAUCUCUCCCUUCGACGACCCCCUCAUCUGGGAAGGCCACCGUUCCAUCGUGAGAGAGCUGAAGGAGACCCUGAGCACAAAGCCGGGGGCCAUCGCGCUGUCGGUGGGCGGUGGGGGCCUGCUGUGCGGAGUGGUCCAGGGGCUGCAGGAGGUGGGCUGGGGGGAUGUGCCCGUCAUCGCCAUGGAGACCCUCGGAGCCCACAGCUUCCACGCCGCCACCACUGCCGGCAAGCUCGUCUCCCUGCCCCAGAUUACCAGUGUCGCCAAGGCCCUGGGUGUGAAGACUGUGGCGGCUGAGGCCCUGAAGCUGUUUUGGGAACACCCCGUUUUCUCUGAAGUUGUCUCGGACCAGGAGGCAGUGGCCGCCGUGGAGAAGUUCCUGGAUGACGAAAAGAUCCUGGUGGAGGCCGCCUGCGGGGCAGCCCUGGCCGCCGUCUACAGCCACGUGGUGCAGAAGCUGCAGGGCGAGGGGAAGCUCCGUGCCCCGCUGUCCUCGCUCGUGGUCAUCGUCUGUGGGGGCAGCAACAUCAGCCUGGCCCAGCUGAGGGAGCAGCUGGGCAUGAAGGACGGGCUGCCCCAGUGAGGACGCCUCCCCGUGUGCCGAUCCCUGCCCGGGAGACCCCUGCAGGGGCCGGAGUCUCACCAGCUCCCCGCUGCACACCGUAUUCUCGUGCCCGCUUGUGGGCCUGUGGCCGGGCCAGCCAGUCACCCUCCUGUCCUCUCUGACGCUGUGCCGAGGGGCCAGCGCUCCCGGAGGCGGGGCCUGGCGGUCAGCAGCCAGUGAAGCUGUGAACUGAAGCUCUUGGCCGUCUGUGUGGCCGCUCUGUGACGGUCCUUAACAGAGUGACAACCGCCACACACAAUGUACCAGGCCCCAGAGCAGCGUGGGCGGGAGGGACCAGGAUGGAAGAGACGUGUCCCCACCCCAGGCCUUUCCCCCAGGGAAGGUGGACAGGGCUGUGGUCCAGGGUUGAGGAACCACCUCGUCCUUCCUCCCAGGAAGCCCGAAACCCCAUCCUUCCUCAUUUUUCUACCGUACAAACUUUUUCAUUGACAAAGAGAAAUAUUUAUGAAACGAA